AUAGGUUCAAGAUAAUUCUAUGAUGUCCAUGACAGGGGAUUGUUUGCUCAGGAAUUGCAUAUUACUUGCAAGGUACUGUGAACAAGGUACGAGGUCCAGUGUUUGUGACAGCGUUUAGUCCCCUAAGCAUGGUAAUCACAGCUGUUCUGGGAGCCAUUAUUUUGUCUGAACAAGUUCACCUUGGAAGCUUAAUUGGAGCAAUCAUCAUAGUAUUCGGACUUUACGCAGUGGUGUGGGGUAAAAGCAAAGACAAGACACCCUCAGACAUGUUAACAUACAAUGAGGGAAAAGCCCAAGAAAUGCCUGUGGUGGACAAAAAAACAUCAGCCAACGUUUAUAAUGACAAUUUUGAAACUGAUGGGAAUUCCCAUCUUCCUCAGAUCAAUUCUUUACAGCAAGAGCCAUGAAAACUUAUGCCCCGUC